GAGGAAAAGGAGUUGCCUCGACGCCACCUUCCUUCAAUCCAAUGCCCUGUGAAUGUCUGUAACCGCCGCGCCCCCCAUUGUGGAGCAGGCAGUCAACAUGAGGAGACUAAUUCUCGCGUCCCUCGUCCUCUUGUGGCCUCUCACCGCACCAGGAGGCUCCGCUGCGGAGCCCCACCUCGGUCACCGCACUUGGUGCGACGGUUCCGCGGCCUGUUACAGCGUCCACCUGGGCAAGUUCACCUUCCAGAGGGCCAAGAACGCCUGCGCCGAAUAUGGGGGCGGACUGAGCACAGCGAGCGGCAGAACCGAAAUACAGGCCCUCCUGGCUCUGCUAAGGGGAAUCGCCAGCGGGUCAGGCGCCCGCUUGUUUUGGCUGAGCCUGCUCAGGAAAGCCCCGCAGUGCACGCGGGAGGAUUUGCCACUCCGGGGUUUCUCCUGGGCCGCCGCCGCCGGGUCUCUGGAGAGCCCAGCGAACGACACCUCGGAGACACCCCCCUGGGUGACGGAGCCGGUCAAGUCGUGCACCAAGCAGAGAUGCGCGGGUCUUUCGGUGACUUUGGGGCAGCCGCUCCCGGGGUCUUGGGGCCUCAGGGAGCAAGCGUGCACGAGCGCCAGCUCCGGGGGCUACAUCUGUAAGUACCGCUCCGAGGACGCCUGCCCCGCGCGCCACCCGCCCUCCGGCGCGCACCGCCUGCGCUACACACUCCCUCACCGCCUCCAAAGCCCGGCCGCCGAGUUUCGCCCGCCGGGUACGGUGCUCACCCUGCGGUGUUCGCCCGGGCAGGAGGCGCGCUUCGUCUGCCGCCUGUCACCCGACGGCUACCACUGGGAAGGCGCAGGCCACGGCCUUUGCUCCUGCCCCAGCGGCUUGUGGAGCCCAACGGAGGGAGCCUGCGUGGCGCUUGGGGACUGCCUGAGUGCCCAAGACGCCUUUCUUUGCCUGUGCGCCCGGGGCUCCCGCUUGGAGGCGACCGAGGCGGCCUGCGUUGGCGUCGGACGGACGGAAGACGCCGGAACCGCAAGGACGGGCCUGUCUACUCCGGCCACGACCGGAGCUUUCGGUCCCAACAGUACCAGCCCGCCGAGCCAGAACACCUCCUUGGAGCCCUUUCCUCCUGCAGCCGGCAACGGCACCGACGCGGGCGCAGAGGAAGCGUGGCCUUUGCCCGCUUCUUCCAACUAUGUCUUCAUCCUCGUCACGGUGGCCGUCGUGUUGCUCGUGAUUCUGAUCAUGGCCGCGCUCCAGGUCUUCCAGGCCUGCUUCAGGGUGUGCUGUGCCUCCAAGCGAUCGCAAGCCAAGAAAGAUAGCGCCCCAGCCACUGCCGCUGAAGAAGACCUGGACGUCUCGGCCACCCGCACCCACUCGGAACACUCCUUGGGGCCGAGUAAGGCAGAGUCAAGAGAAGCUUCUCCGGAUGAUGGCAUGCCAGGAGAUGGCCCAGGGGAUUUCGGACAGCCGUAAAGAGACGGGUUUUUCCUCUAGAGACAAUGAAGGAUUAGCCAUUCAGAGACACCCCCUCCCCAUGUCUCCUUUGUAGGAUAAAGAAACAAACACGUUCUUUGAUUACUGAUAUGUAACUGGAAGUUUCAGCUUUGUUUGAAGAUGUUUUUUCUAAUUGGGAACAUGUGGGUUCCUGCUUUGUGGGCCCUGGACAACAUCUCUUAGAAGGACUCCCAGGCACACUCAUGAGACCUAACUGCUAACUUGUCCAGAGGAGGAAAGUCCAUGAGAGUCACCAGAGUAAACUACCCAGAGAUGGUUCUUACAGCACUUUUGACAUUUGUCCCUUGGGGCAAGUAAGCCUUUGUGGUUGGAGAGGCAAUUGCAUGGAGCAGCCCUAAACUCCAUUCGCCUGUUCUCUUUCUUUGACAUAGCCCUUGAGCUCAUUCUCUCUGGAGGGUGCUUCAGUUUGGCUCUCAGCCACUCACAAGGAAAGAGCAACUGGGUGUAGCCUCUAUCCCUUCCACUCACUCAUUGAUUUGCGCUCUCUCCUCUUUGGAAGCUGCACUGGCGGACUGAGUUUCUCACUUCUCCAGAGUCCCAGGAAAAGGAGAGCUGAGCUAGUGAGUUUGUUGGGCUUACAAGGAAUUGCUGCUUCAUCUUGUUUAUCUGCUGUCUCACAUUCUAGUUAGGUGGAGGUAUCUAGUUGGCCAGUCUUAAUGGCUGUGUUUUCCAGAGGGAGAAUGCACCCUGCACUUGUUCCUUGCUGCUGUGUACAGUACAGGGUGUCACCUUUUAUCACUUAGCUUUCUUAUUUUUGAUCCCAAGAUUGGUCUGGCAGUUCUCAGUUAAAAGUGUGAGGGAAAAGUAUUGAUCAGAAAUUCACAGUCUUGAAUGAUGCUAGUUGAUUGGAUCUCAUUCAGAUUUUAAAAUUCAAGGUAACAUGGAUAGUGGUAAUAGCAUAGUUCUAUGGUUGGCUUGAUUGGAAGGAAAUCUUAUUUAGUGCAAGUGGUGCUUAUUCCUAGGAAAGUGUAUAGAAUUCCCAUCUGGGAGAACUAACAGCAGAAGAAUGGGCCAGUACACGAUAGAAAAAAAAGUGGGAAUUCCAGAAACAUGCAGAAAGUGGGACACUGGUUAAAUAGCUCUCAUUGGCCAUGGCUAACUUCUACCUGCCCAUUGCUUUUAAUUACUCUGACUUGCAUUUGCAAAGAUUUAACUGAGAAGUUAUUCUAAUCAGAUUGUUUUCCAUUAUAUUAUUCUUUGCACUCACUAAGGCUUUCUUUGGAAGCUCUUCUUUGCCUCUACAAAAUGAAAUGUGCCAAGGAGAGGGCUGUCUUGGUGGCACCCAGCUUUUUAAAGAGUGGUCUUUCUAGGGCCUUAUACUGUGGUCUUUUCAGAACCAAGCUAAUACCUUUUUUUGUUAGCUCUUAAUAAAUGUUUUAUUCUUGAUUUGAUGGAUCUGAUGUUACUUUAAUAUUCUCCUUUUAU